AUGAGAAGUUCGACAUUAGUCAUAUGUAUAUUAGUGUUGGGGAGUGCCCUUUCUGUUGAAUUAGAUUUGAGCACAUCUCUGCUCUCAAUGGAGCUAUCAGAUAUAGCACUGUUAGAUACCACAUCAAUGAGUUGUGCAACACCUUAGAAUGAGUUUGAGAGAGUGUCUGCUUAAAUGGCAGCAUGGGCUGAUAUAGUGCAACAUAGAGAUUCAUUACACAGAGAUAUAUAUAGAUUGGAAAGCAUUAAGCAGUUAAUAGAAAAGAGAAAGUUUAAGGCUAUUGAGAAAUAAAUAGACAAACUGGAAUUACCAAAAACAGAGAGUAAGAUUGGAGAACCAAUUUUGGCAGAAUUCAAAUAGAAAUUAAAAGGAUUGAGUAAUCCUGAAACUGCAGAUGAAUGCGAAGCAACUUUGUUGAAAUUGUGCAUUUACCUUCUCAAAUAGUUUAAUAGUUGCAGAUAAUAAUGCUAAUCAAAUCCAGUCACUGUCAUUAAAAUUAAAGGAAAAAUCAAGGAUUUAUAAGUUGUAUAACAAGGGUGUGGUUAGCCAGCACCAUGCGAAGAUGAGCCUGGAGUCCCAGAUGAACCGACUCCAGAAGAAUAAGCACCUCCUUCUGAGCCCGAAGAGAAACCACUUCCUCCUCCUGAAGAAGACCAUCCACCUGUUUCACCUCCAUCAGAAGAGGAAAAACCCCAAAUUCCAGAUGAAAAGGGUCCUGAAGAAGAAUCUGUUCCUCCUGAAGAAUAACAAGUUCCACCUUCCCCACCAACACCUGAUGAGGAGAAACCAGAAAUUCCAGAUGAAAAAGGUCCAGAAGAAAAGACAAUUCCUCCUGAAGAAGAAUAAGAAGUCCCAUCACCUCCCCCUGGAGAAGAAGAAGUGAAACCUGAAGUUCCAGAUGAAAAGGGCCCUGAAGAAGAAUCAGUACCUCCUGAAGAAGAGUAAGAAGUACCUGUUCCUCCUCCUGGAGAAGAAGAGGAGUAACCAGGAACUCCAGAUGAAGAAAGUCCUGAAGAAUAAAGUCCACCUCAGGAAGAACUUAAUCCAGAAGAAGAAGGUAGUCCAGAAAUUCCUGAUGAACCUCCUGUCAAUCCAAAUCGUGAAGAGUCAGCAGAAGAAUUUGAAGAAUACUUUGAAGAAGUUGAAGAGGAGGAGUUUGAGGAAUUUGAAGAACCACCUAUUGUAGCACCUCCUGUUGAACCACCUGUUGAGUAGGUUGAAAAAAGAUGUUUGAAUUCAGUGAACGAGAACGUUUAUACAGCUUCAGUUGAUGAAUAAAUCCCAUUAAUUAGUAAAUAAUUGGAAGGGGAUGACUUGAGUUGCUAUGGAUUUGGAUUUUAUACUAGAUGGUUAUAGGCAUAUCCAACUUAUUUAGCAAAUGGUAGAUAAGAUGAGAAGUAUUUUGUUGCUAGAAUUUCUGAAUCUGAGAAGUUAAGUGGUUCAGUUACAGAUGAUUCAUUGAGUGUAUUUUUAACAAGAUCAGGAUUUGAAUUUUAGUCAUAUGAUAAUGACGGCACAACUUCAACUGUUAUUAAUGUAGGUGAUAUUGAAGGUCAGUGGAUUUAUGUUUAUUUCUCAUAUUGUAAUGGCAAGGCAGUCGCUGUUGUUAAUGAAAAUGGAUAAACAUCUGUUAAUGAGAUCAAUGUAAAUCAUAAAAAACCAUCUUAAUUGUAUUUCACAUUGGCUGGUCUAUCAGGUGAUGUUAAAUCUUUCUAAGGUUAAUUUACAUUAGUUUAAUCUAAUGCUGGACAAAACGUAUUCAUUGAAACACCAGCAGAAGCUAAUGAUUUUGUAUUUGCAUGUAACUCUAUACCAGAAGAAAAAUGUGAAAGAUAAAUCUCCAAUCUUCAUGAAUUCGAAUUCGACACUCAAACUACCUAAUUCGAUUCUAAAAAAGUCAUUGAAAAUAGCGAACCAAUCUUUGCUCAAGAAUAUUCCAUUUCUGGUUGGUUCAAAUGGCAAACCGUUUAAGAAGCCACCACAAAUUCUUGGUUCUCUGCAUUCAGAUUGACUAUGAAUAACCCUGCAGUUAAUUAAAAUGCUAAAUUCUUAGGAGACAGGGAUCUAGCCUUGUUUGUUGGUAAUGAAAAAAAAGAUUCAGUUUUGGCCUUCACAACAUAUACCUACGAAGAUUUAUAUGGAAACGGAAAUCCUACAUAUUGGUAGGCAGUACCUUAUGAAAAGGACUUGAUUCAUUGGCACUUCAUUUACUUUGGGUUCAACAGACACAUCUCCAAAGCUUAUGGUUAUGUUGAAUUCCUUACUAGAAAAGGCGAAGUCCAUUUCGAAAAUGUUAAGCAUUUUGUUUCUCCACACAAAUACUUAUAUGUUGGACAAGAUUAAUAUUAUCCAUCAUACAACGGUAAAAUCUUUAAUCUCCACUACAAUCUUUGUGAUGGUUCAUACAGAGAAUUGAAAUAUGAUGAACAUUGGGGAUAUACUCCUAAACCAACUGAUCCAGUACCACCUCCACCUCCUCAAGUUCCAGAAGAACCCUCCGAAGAAGAAUAUAAAGAACCACCUCUACCUGCUAUUCCAUCUGAACCAUCUGAAGAGGAUGUACCUAUUGAACCUGAAGAAGAGUCUCCAGUUAUUCCAUCUGAACCUCCUAGCGAGGAAACUACCCCAGUAGAGCCUUCAGUAUCUGAAGAGGAAACACCGGAAGUGAUUGAUGAACCAGUACCUGAUCCUGUAGAAGAAACUGUUCCCGCAAGUGAAGAAGAAGAAUAUUAUUAUGAAGAGGAAUUCUACGAAGAAGAAGAAGAGGAAUCAGUCGAACCACCUGUUGAAUCAGAAUCAUAAUCUGAAGAAGAAUAUUCUGAACCACUUUCAGAGGAAGAAUCUUAACCAUCUUCAGAAGAAGAAGUUAUAGAACCUCCUGCCCCAUUACCGUAACCCAAAUGUCCACCAACAAUUGAAGUUAAUAAAGACAAUGCAGCUGAUAUUUUAUGUGAACUCUCACAUUAUUUAGGUGAGUUUGCCUAAGGCCAUACUCCAGCUGCUGGACAAAGUACUAAGACUGUAUGCUUCUGUAUGACUUAUAAUGAAGAAUCUGCUCCUCCCACUUUAUUGCAAUUAGCUACUAAGUUAUCUGGUAAUUUGAAAUUAAACGAGCCAAAAGUUGCUGUACCAUUAUUAAAACAAUUUAUUAAGCAAAGAUUAUGA